UUUGAGUUUAUCUGCACUGAUAUGGCAUGUAGUUAGACAGCAGUGGACUAUUGGAACUCCAAGAUAUUCAUCUUUUUGAAUUUAUUUAAUACUCCUUAUUCAAAACAGAAGUUAAACUCUGUGUGACUGGACGCCUAUUUUGGUCACAAUCCAUAACAUCACCGGACGUAAGACUGUCAUCCUUCCUUGAAACAGAUGAUGGAUGCCAAAUCAGCAACUGGAGUUCUUCAUCCCUACUGGCCACGGGACCUUUUGAUUCCCACCUAUGUCGCCAAUGACCGAUCUAUGUCUGAAAUUCUGGUGUUCCUGUUUUCUGUGUCUGGGGUGUUUCUGCUUGUGACCUGGUUGAUCACCGGCCAGAAAGGGGCCACCGGCAGGCUGGGGACAUGGAGGCGUCUGGCUGUGUGUUGGUUUGCUGUUUGUGGUUUCAUCCAUGGCGUCAUUGAGGGCUGGUUCUCACUGUAUUAUGAUAUUAUUCCUGGAGACCAGAGCUUCCUGUCACAGCUGUGGAAAGAGUACUCCAAAGGAGACAGCCGAUAUGUAAUAGCGGAUAACUUCACUGUCUGUAUGGAGACUGUGACUGCAUGGUUAUGGGGACCUUUUAGCUUUUGGGCUGUGUUUGCCUUCUUAACUAACAGGCCCUAUAGAUUUGUUCUGCAACUCAUCAUUUCAUUAGGUCAGCUGUAUGGAGCGGUGCUGUACUUCUUCACAGAGCACAGAGAUGGUUAUGCUCACAGUGAGUUGGGACACCCAAUCUACUUCUGGUUCUACUUUGUGUUCAUGAAUGUGCUGUGGAUCGUCAUACCACUGGUGCUCAUUGUGGAUGCAUGGAGACAGCUGUCAGCGGCCCAGACACACACCGACAACACAAAGUCACACAAGUCUAAGAGGAACUGACAACUGGAAAAUGGAAAGAAAAAAAGGACUGUAGGACAAUUACUACAGGAGAUUUAAGGGAAACGACAACUGGGGGGAGCCUACACUUUGUGUUGCAGAAAAACACUAUCCUCAAAGAAGAGUCAAAAGAAAUGACUAAUUGUUUGGAGUUGGACAUGCCUUGUCUAAGGUUGUACCUGUCACACCGUGUGCCUUUUUAAAUUUAAAUACCCAGUAACUGUCAGCAAAGUAAAAGUUUUAUUUUAAAGAUCAACUUGUUUGUUGUGCAUAUGACAAUAAAGCUUUGUCUUUUGUUCUGGC